AUGCUUUCCAAGGUGUCCAUUCUCGCCUUCGCGAGCGCCGUCCUGGCUCAGACAAAUGGCACUGCCCCAACUCUCGCUCAGGCAUUGAACUCGUCCUCUCAGCUUACUAGCUUGAGCGGUGUCCUUGCACUUCCAGGCCUUGCUCAGCUCGUUCAGGGUCUCAGCAGUGCGCAGAAUGUUACCAUCCUCGCACCCUCGAACGAAGCUUUCGCCAGCGUCGGCAAUGAGACUCUCGGAGCUUUGACUGCGAAUGAAGGACUGCUCAUUGCGCUCCUGCAGUACCACGUCUUGAACGGCACGGUUCUAUCGUCCGCCAUCACAAAUCAGAGCCAAUUUGUCCCGACUCUUCUGACCAACGAGCUAUUCACCAAUACGACUGGUGGUCAGGUCGUUGAGGCUGUCGCUUCUGGAGACAAUGUCACCUUCUUCAGCGGUCUGCUGGCGAACUCAUCCGUCACCCAGGCUGAUGUCAACUUCACUGGUGGUGUGAUCCACGUUAUUGACCGAUUCCUAGUCCUGCCUGAGGUCGUUUCGGACACCCUCACGACUGCCAACCUCACCGGUCUCCGCGGUGCUCUGAACAAGACCGACCUACUCGAGGCUGUUGACACUACAUCGGACGUCACCAUCUUCGCUCCUUCCACCGAAGCUUUCCAAAAUAUUGGCUCUGUCCUUGCCAACGCGUCCACCGAGGACAUUGCCAACAUCCUGACCUACCACGUCGUUAACGGUACCGUCGGCUACUCAUCUGGAAUUGAAAACGGCACUGUCCUCACCACCCUCAAUGGCGCGAACCUCACCAUCACCAUUGGCGAUGAGGGCAGUAUCUUCGUCAACAGCGCUCGCGUCACUAUUGCCGACAUCCUGGUCGCCAACGGUGUUGUCCACGUUAUCGAUGAGGUUCUCAACCCCGGCAACGCUACCAUUGCUGACCCCUCUGGCGACGAGGGUGAGGGUGCCUUCCCUGGCGCUACUCCCGUCUCUGAACUCCCCUUUACUUCUGGUCAGCCUACUCCCACCACCUCGAUCAACCAAGAGGCUACCAGCGCUGCUGCCCCCGGUGCCUCUUCCUCAAGCACCGCUGGUGCUGCCGCCGCUAUGAAGACUGGUUCUGUUGGUAUGGGUGCCCUUUUGGGUGCUGCUGCUGUCUACGCGUUCAACUAA